AUGUCGUUGAUUGGGUGCCUGUGUGCUCUUUUCAUUGACCGUCGCCUGUAUAAAAUUUCUGCUUGUCAAACAGUGUCUAUUACGCGCCAAGAUAAACGACGAGAUAUAUUCAUCGAUCUGGCUAUUGAAGUGGGCCUGCCUCUCCUUGAACUCCCACUUCACUAUAUCGUCAACGGACAUUGUUACGACCUUCUUGAAGACGUCGGAUGCACCGUCGUGGCCUACAACACCGCACCUGCGUACCCCUUGGUUUACGUUUCGCUUCUUAUCUGCUCCAUUUUCUGUUCAGUUUUCACCAUCCGUUCUUUCCUUCUCCAUCGGCUCCAAUUCAACCAGUUCCUUUCUUCCAAUUCUUCUUUGACCGCCAACCGGUAUUUCCGCCUUAUGGCUCUAGCCUCUAUCGAGUUGUUCGUGAAUACAAUUUCCGGCUAUGGCCUCUAUAUCAAUAUCAACCGGGGGGAGAUCCACCCCUGGGUGAGCUGA